AGCUGGAGGAGGCAGUGGGCGGAAAGGGGAUGGAUGCUGGGUCUCUGCGGCUCCAGAGCCCCAGCCAGUUUGCAAACCCAAGCAUCAGCCCGGGUGGCGGGAGCAUGUGCAGCUGUAGCAGGCACCUGGCAGGGAGCCGCACGUUGGGGAUGUGAACCAGGCGGGGAGGAAGGCCUUUCCUUGACUCAUCAGAUAAAUCCAGCCCCCCCCCCCCCAAGGCGCCUGGUGAGCCGGAGACUGAGCGGCGGCAGCAGCAUGGCAGGGGACAGCGAGCAGAGCCUGCAGGAGCACGAGCAGCCCGGCGGUGGGGAGCCCUUCCUGAUCGGGGUCAGCGGCGGCACAGCCAGCGGCAAGUCAUCAGUCUGCGCCAGAAUCGUCCAGCUACUGGGCCAGAAUGAAGUGGAUUAUCGCCAGAAGCAGGUGGUGAUCCUGAGUCAAGACAGCUUCUAUCGGGUCCUUACCUCUGAGCAGAAGUCCAAGGCACUCAAGGGCCAGUUCAACUUUGACCACCCAGAUGCCUUUGACAACGAGCUCAUCGUCAAAACGCUCAAAGAGAUCAUGGAAGGGAAGACAGUCCAGAUUCCUGUUUAUGACUUUGUUUCCCAUUCCAGGAAGGAGGAGACGGUGACUGUGUACCCAGCUGAUGUGGUCCUCUUCGAGGGCAUCCUGGCCUUCUACACCCAGGAGGUCCGGGAUCUCUUCCGGAUGAAGCUGUUUGUGGACACGGAUGCAGACACCCGGCUGUCCCGCAGAGUGUUACGAGACAUCAGUGAGCGAGGCCGGGACCUUGAGCAAAUCUUGUCUCAGUACAUUACUUUCGUCAAACCAGCCUUUGAGGAAUUCUGCUUGCCAACCAAGAAGUAUGCUGACGUGAUCAUCCCCAGGGGGGCAGAUAAUGAAGUGGCCAUAAACCUGAUCGUGCAGCACAUCCAGGACAUUCUGAACGGAGGACACAGCAAACGCCAGAUCAACAGCUGUCUGAAUGGCUACACCGCUCCAUGCCAGAGGCAGCCUUCUGAGUCAAGUAGUCGGCCACACUGACCCCAGACGUUGGGGUGAGGUUGGGGGUGGAUGGUGGUUAGGCUCUGCUGCAGCUGAUCUGUCCGUACUGUGUCCAAUCACAUCCCCACCUCGAUAUUUAAGAAACCAGAUGGAGACACAUGCCUUUAAUUUUGUAUCUUGGAAAUGAGAGAGGCGCAUCUGGAUUCCCAGAUGCCGCUGGAGAUGCCUACUGCUGGCUUCGCUCAGUAACCAUUCCAGCAUGGAACCAGCUAUCAAUAAAGAAUCGCUCUAUUUUUGUGUAAAAAGAA